AUGGAUGAAUGCCAGAUCAAUCUGCUCCAGUACCUGUGCUCAAAGACCCAGGUCGAUGUCGACAGCUUUGAUGUUGAUAUAUCGACUGAAAUACCAGGUUGUGUCGAUGCAACGUCCAAUCAGGCAGAGAUCUAUUGCGAGAUGAUCAAGCCACGCCACGAUAGUUUGGUAAAGGAAGUGCUUGCUUUCAGCACUAAUAUGAAGUCCGAAUUUCCGACUCUGAGGCUGGAGGAGCUAGCAUUUGAAGUCAUGGCAAUUCGGCUAGCCUUUCUUAUUAUCCCAAAUAUCACUGGUUCUGUGCAUGUGAUGGCGAAUCCGUGCUACUCGUACCACAAAGAGAAGAUUGUCGAGACUGGAACACGGUUACAUAAAAUCUGCAAUCUCCUAGAUCCCGCUUUCGACACGAAUCGGUUGAUCAUGAAGGUGGCCUCUACAUGGGAAGGCCUCCAAGCAUGUCGGGAAUUGACGAUUUGCGGGAUAAAGACUCUGGCAACCACGGUGUUUACGAUGGAACAAGCCGUUUUGGCCGGCGAGGCCGGUUGUAUUUCCAUUUCGCCUUUCGUUCACGAGGCUAAAGCACAUUUCGAUGAGAAAUACUCGGACGAAGUUCCCCUUCUUCAUCUAUGCAUCCAGGCACAGCAGUUCUACAAGAAGCGGUCAAUGAAUACAAAAGUCAAAGCAUGUGCUACGCUCUCGCUUGACGAGAUCCUACAGUUGGCUGGUGUGGAUGCGUUGACCAUCAUGCCCGAUGACCUGCGGAACCUUCUAAAGGGGACUGGCUGCACACGCUUGGCUGAAAGUCAAUCUUUGUUUGGCGAUACUUCUAUCCCUGACGGCGGCGACUAUCCUUCGUACCUUGAUGACGAGAGCACUUAUCGUCUUGACUUUUCUCGCAGUGGACAAGGUGCAGGCCAAUACAAAUUGAUGCAGGUCCUAGCAAUCUUUUCAGACUUCCAGUUCAAAGGAGAGGAAUUUAUGAAACCCCACCAGCAAUUUUUGAGCUAG